AUGAAAGGAUUUUCGAAAGAAGAGGUACAAAAGCCCUUUACAAAUAGACAAGUUAUUGACAUUAAGUCAAGGAGUGAUAACGGUGGAAGGUUUUACAGGAACAAUGCAGAAAUUGGGUAUGAAAGUGGGAUUUGGUCAAAGUUCGUUGGAUUAAUGAAAAAUUCACUAAAUAUUUCAAUUUUAAACAAAUCUUCGAAUCAGUUAAAUAAAUUAACGGAUAAUAUGAAUUCGAAGAAUCAUUUAAAAGAAAUUAUUAUGAAGAAGAGUAUAGAAAAAUUUACAGAUAAACAAACAAAAGUGGGAGGAGGGUUAAGAGAGCAGAAAGAACUUAAUAUUGGACUCAAAUCAAAAGUGGAAAAGAGUUCAGUUUCUCCAAAGAGUACGAAGAUAUCUCCGAGUUUGUCUCCCCUUGUUUCUUUUCCUUAUUCAACUUCAUCACCUUCCUCAUCCUGUUCACCCUGUUCAUUUUCAUCUCCUUCGAGUUUGAAUGAAAAUAUUGGAAUUUCAUUUGCAGAGCAAAUAUUAAAUUACAAUUCAAAUGAAUAUUCUAAAGUUAUUAGUGGACAAGCACCAGUUACUCCAACUACAUUAGAUGGGAGUUCUACAACUACAUCCCCAGCAUUCACAAACUUGCAUUUUCCAAGCCCUUCUAAUAAUAACGGAUCUACAAAGUAUGAGACUCCAAAUUAUAGAGAAAUUGACUCUUCGGAAAAAUCUGUCUCUUCAAAUUUGAAAGAUGAAUAUUUUUCAAAUAAGAAGAACCACGCAGUGGACUUCUCGGCAGAUGAUAAUCAUUUAAAUUAUAUUAUGGAAAGAAUUAAUCAAGGGGUUUUGACAGAUUUCAAUGACAAAUCUAUAGCAAAAUUAGAUAUUCCUCUAAUCAACCAUUAUAACUCACAUGAUUUAAUUCCAGAAGCAAGCAGUUAUUUUGAUGGAAAUAAUAAAAGGUUAUCUAAUAACAAAGGAAAUUUAUUAGGGAGAGGAUUGACUAGUUUGACAAAACAUUCAUCAUCUGUGUCUUAUUCUCCAUCAUCUUUAAUAUCAGGAAAAAAUGAUAAAGUAUGCUACACAUGGAAAGAAGCAAAACAUCUUAUAAGUAAAUUAAAAAGCUCCAGUAAACUGUACAAAUUUAAUGGAGUCCCAUUUUCUGACUGGGUCCACGAGAAAAUACCAACUUUGGGAGCUUCUCCAACAAGUUGUAGAGUUCAGGAAAUGUUCAAAUCCAGAAUUUACUUUGAAAAAGAUAACAACGAAAUUUAUGUUACUUUAUUUAUAAAAAAAGUUCCAAGAAACAUUUGGUCUAAGCAGUGGGAGAUGCACGAGAUUUGGGAUGGUGAUUAUGUUACUGAUGGGGAAGACUUUGUUAUGGAGGCUGCAGCUCUAGCUUUCUUACAAAAUCAUAGUGUUGGAAUUGCUCCAAAGUUAUAUGCUAUCUUGGAACAUUGUGAAAAAAUUGAUCAUAAAGAAAACAAAAUCUCAUAUAAAAACAUUUCUAAUAAAAGCCCUUGUGAUUAUUUGCUUUCCAAAGAUACUACACAUAUUAUUCUUGUUUCAGAGUACUACGGUGAGGAUUUGUUAGAUUAUUUGGAUAAAUGUGAAAAGAAAAACAGAAAUUUAACAGAUAAAGAAAAAAAAGAUUUACAAUAUAAAUUGGUACUAGCGCUAAAUAAUUUACAUUCAAAGGGAUUAUGUCAUCUUGAUUUCACUCCUGAAAAUAUUUUAAUUGGUUCAAAUGGUAUUAAUAUUUGUGAUUUUGCAAAAUCUACUCCUAUCAUUACAAAGAAUCCCAGACAUACUCAUUACUCAAGAAAAAGUCCAAAGAAUCAUUUAUCUGAAAAUUUUAACUCCAAUAACGCUAGUUUUAACUUUAUUAAUCCUCCUCCCGAAGCUUACUAUGAGUUUGAGAGUUGCGAACCAACUGUAGGCAAAGGAGCCUAUAUGCCUCCAGAAUGUUGGAAAAUCUUUUGGAAAUUAGAAGAAAACAAAAUUCAAUUUCCCCUUGAAGAGUUAAUGGAUGUGGAUACAUAUAAUCAAAGAAAUAAUUAUCCAUAUUUAAGUGAGUUUUCCAAAAUUCAUAAUAAAAGUCCAAUUAAAUGCCAGGAUAGGUCUAUGUUUUAUUUUAAUGCAAGAAUUGCUGAUAUAUAUAUGCUUGGAAUUAUAAUGUUUUGGAUCUGGUCAGAUGGUGGGAUUUGGAAAUAUUCAGACACUAGACAAGAUCACAGGUAUCAAAACUUGGUGUUUUCUGAUAUUAAUUUUGAUGUCUUUCGGGAAUGUAGGAAUUGGAAUAAGCAAUUAAAAUCAUUAUUAAAGAAAAUGUUAGAGCCUGAUCCUAAAAAAAGGAUCACAAUGAGUGAGAUUCUGUCUGACCCAUGGUGGAGGUGCCCUUUAGAUUCAUAA